AUAAAUAAAAGUAAUUACUCGACAGCGGCAGUGGCUUUAAAACAACAGCACGAUUCACUCCGCAAAAAAACCUGUAUGAUGCCGAUGGUUCACCGUUAAGGCGACACUUUUAUCACAGCUGUCGACGUUUAUAGUAUGACGCAAAAAAUCUGCACAGAAGUUUUGGAGAGGGUUCAAAUUCCUGGACACGCCAACUCAUCUGUCGCGGUAGCCACAGUUGUUUCCAUUUGGACGAAAAGGAGGCGAGAAAGGUUCUCGGCAUCCGGGAUCCUUCCCAGAUAAUUCUGCCACGUCGCGAUCCCAGCAAAGGGUCUCUCCUGGGUAAUGCCGUCCGUUCCCUGACACAAAAUGGACCCCGACUGCUUCCCGCACCGUCAGCCGACGCCUACACACGCAGACGCGUCGCUGAGCGAGUUUGACCCCGUCGUUGGAGCCUCAGGGAGGCAACGUAGUGCGCUCCCAGCAGCAGGUCUGCGAGGGUCGGCGGCAGAGGACUUUGAUUCCUAUCGCCUGAUUGAGCCUCCCCCUCUGGACUGGAGGUCAGACUCCUCCAGUGAAGCGGGUUCGGCGCCAGAUCUGGAGGACCCCAGCCACCCUCCGUCUGCCGACCCGCUGCGUUUGACCGGCGUCGGAGACUCGGAAUCGCCGCCUUUGAUCGGAGGAGACAUGCUGUCUCCAAACCAGUCGUACCAGCAAGUGCUUCUGGGCAACGCGGCAGAGCCAGACCAGCCUUUAGAAGUCAAAGUAGCAGACGGAGAGGAAAAUACUCACGAGAUGCUAAGAGAUGCUGAGGCGGAGGAUCCAAACAGGACAUCGGGGGAUGAGGACCACAGCCGUAUUCAGGCCUUGCUCACCCAGCUUCAGACGAUGGACAAAGAGGCCGUUGAUGAUGGCCGCUCCUGCCCCCCCGCGCAGGAAGUCUGCAGUCGCUCUGCGCUGACGACCAGCACUGAAAGCACAGGGCUGCUUUUCUCUGAAAGCCACCAGCGAGACCUGCUGGGACUGCUGCAGUGCACGGAGAUCAGCGCCACGCCGCAGCCGUCCCGCCUGCCUCACCUCGGCGGGGUCGACGCCGUGCUCUCCGUGUCCUACAGCCAGGAGGAGUCGCCGCCGAGGCGCUGGAGGCAGAGCGCAAACGGUCAGCGGCACAGGGGCGACUCCGUCUCCUCGCUGCCCGACGAUGAGUACCCCGAGCCGGUGUGGAUGAAGGUCGGAGAGGCGCCGCCGCCGGAGGAGGAGGAGGAGGAGGAGGAGGAGACCGGCGCAGAUGGCGAACAGAGCGCUGAUGACCACCCAUCAUACAAAGAUGUGCCUGGUCCUUGUGACCCUGAAGACCUGUUGGACGGAGUUAUCUUCGGCGCCAAGUAUCUGGGCUCCACUCAGAUCAAGUCGGACAGGAACCCCUCCACAAAUGCUCGCAUGACCCAGGCUCAGGAGGCCGUUGACAGGAUUAAGGCACCAGAAGGAGAGUCUCAGCCAAUGACCGAAGUGGAUCUGUUCAUCUCCACCAAACGAAUCAAGGUGCUGACGGCUGACACGCAGGAAGCCAUGAUGGAUCACUCUCUGCAGACCAUUUCUUACAUCGCAGACAUCGGGGACAUCGUCGUCCUGAUGGCACGGAGGAAACCCAAAGGCCAGGAUGCAGACGCCGCCUCUCAAGCGUCGUCGCAGCCUCAGAAGAAGUGCCUGAUGAUCUGCCACGUCUUCUCCUCUGAGGACGCUCAGGUCAUAGCUCAGGCUAUCGGCCAGGCGUUUGGAGUGGCUUACCAGCAGUUUCUUCAGACCAGUGGCAUCAAGGCCAGCGAUCUGAAGCCGGGCGACUACAGUAACUACCUGGAGAGCCAGGAACUCUACAACGGAGACUUGGCCCACUUCUCGGACUCUCAGAACCUUCGGGAUAUAGCGAUCACAAAGGCUGCCGGGGAGAUCUUGGGACUGGCGGUGGUGGAGUCGGGAUGGGGGUCCAUCCUGCCCACCGUGGUGGUGGCCAACCUCCUCCACGGCGGUCCAGCCGAACGCUGCGGCGAGCUCAGCAUUGGCGACCGCGUCAUGUCCGUCAACGGCACCAGCUUGGUGGGUCUGCCCAUCACCACCUGCCAGAACAUCCUCCGGGACCUUAAGAGCCAGAAGUAUGUGAAGCUCAGCAUCGUCCACUGCCCUCCAGUCACCAUGGCGAUCAUAAAGAGACCAGAUGUUAAGUGUCAGCUCGGCUUCAGCGUCGACGACGGCAUUAUCUGCAGCCUGAUGAGAGGCGGCAUCGCGGAGAGGGGAGGGAUCCGCGUCGGACACCGCAUCAUCGAGAUCAACGAGCAGAGCGUUGUAGCAACUCCCCACGACAAGAUCAUCCAGAUCCUGACAAACGCGGUCGGAGAGAUUCACCUGAAGACGAUGCCCGCCUCGACGUAUCGACUGCUGACAGGACAAGAGCAGCCGCUGUUCCUUUAAGCACUUUUCCUGCUUCACUUCGACGGAGUCACUGCACAGUAUUCAAGCUACAUAAGCUUCUUUCAAACUCCAAAAAUAUUAGAUUAUUAUUAUGCAGUUUGCAUUGAACAGCUGUUGUCACAGUGCUGCCACCAACUAGACUAGUUUUACAUCUUUAAUAUUUUAAUAUGAGAGCAUUAUUUAAAUUUUAAGGUUUAGAGGCCUCAAUGUUUGUUGUUGUUUUUUUUUUGUUUUUGAUUAAGACAUUUUACAAAGGUAGAGGUCUUUUUUUUAAGAUUAAAAUGUUCACCCGAUCAACCUGGAGAAUGGUGAGAAUCGUCGGGUGUAGUGCACCUGAGUCUUCCAGCCUUACAUGCUUUGAGUGAAUCUUUUAUAAACGUACUUGAAGAAGUGACUUUGUUGAAUCAGGAUAAAAGGCCUCUGAGUUUCAAUGUCACUUCCUGUUCAUCAUGUUUUUACACAAACGAACGAAUGAUCAAUCGAUCAGACUUUAGAGGGCGUCCUGCUGCUUUAUGCAAGUUUUCACUGAUGUGGUGGAGAUGUGCUUUUAAGGUCACUGCCUUAUUUCAUAGAGAUAUAAAUGUGUUUGUAUGUUUUAUGCCGAUAAUGCAUGCUCUAUAAAAAUGUUCUGUAAUAAUCAUGUCGCGCAAUGAGAAUCUGUAAAUGGAUGAACCAAUAAAAAGUGCAAAAGUU